AUGGUCUCUCCAGCAAUUAGGGUGGCUCCCUCAGCCGCUAAUCGCGCCUUGAAUCUCUUGCGCACCGUCCAAUUCACCCACCCACCAAACUGUCCCUGCCACCGCAACCCGAACUUCCAUCACCAGCAGACCCCAUCGCUCAUGACCCAUGUCAAGCGCCACCUGGCAACCCCCGUAGACCCCGCCCGUGAGAAGGAAUAUGCUUUCGAGAUGGCUGCGUCGAGUAUUCGGUUCGGACCUGGCUCGACCAAGGAGGUCGGAAUGGACUUUGCGAACAUGGGUGCGAAGCGCGUCUGCAUUGUGACGGAUACCAAUGUCGCCAAGCUCGAUGCUAUGAAGCAGGCUAUCGAGGGCCUGAGCAGGGAGGGCAUUGAGUUUACAAUCUUUGACAAGGUUCGCACUGAGCCCAAGGACAGCUCGAUUAAGGAAGCUAUUGCUUUCACCAAACCAUACAACCCCGAUGCCUUCCUCGCCGUUGGUGGUGGCUCCGUCAUCGACACGGCUAAGCUGAUGAACCUGUACCAUGCCUACCCCGAAGCCGACUUCCUGGACUUCGUCAAUGCCCCACUGGGCAAGGGCCGGCCCGUCGACAGAAAACUGCUCCCACUAGUCGCAGUGCCAACCACAGCAGGAACCGGCUCAGAAACAACCGGCACGGCCAUUUUCGACCUGGUCUCCAAGAAAGCCAAAACCGGCAUCGCACACCGCAACCUCAAGCCCACCCUGGGCAUCUGCGACCCUCUCAACACCCGCACCAUGCCCUCGGCCGUGCACGCCGCCUCGGGCCUAGACGUGCUCUGCCACUCGCUGGAAUCCUGGACCGCAAUCCCGUACUACGAGCGUACCCCCAGGCCCACAAACCCUAUUAACCGUCCAGCAUACCAGGGUGCAAACCCCAUCUCAGAUAUCUUCUCUCUCGAAGCCCUCCGCAGCACAGUCAAGUACCUGCCCCGCGCGGUGAAAGAUCCCGAGGACAGCGAAGCGCAAUCCAACAUGCUCCUCGCCGCUACACUAGCCGGAGUCGGUUUCGGCAACGCAGGAGUCCACCUGUGCCACGGCAUGAGCUACCCCAUCUCCAGCCAGAACCCGGGCUACAAGCACAAGGGCUACGAAGUUGACCACCCCAUCAUUCCGCACGGUGUUUCUGUGGCCGUCACCGCGCCCGCUGUUUUCCGUUUCACUGGAGCGUCGAACCCGGACCGACACUUGGCCGCUGCUGAGGCGUUCGGUGUGGAUAUCUCGAAUGUUAAGCGUGAGAGUGCGGGUGAGGUACUUGGUAACGCCAUUGCGGAGUUCCUUGUUAAGUUGGGUGACCAGCCACGUGGAUUGAAGGAUCUGGGCUUCAAGAGCUCCGAUGUGGAGGGUUUGGUUGAGGGCACCAUUCCGCAGCAGCGGGUGCUGAUGCUGGCGCCGAAUCUGAGUGGGGAGCUUGAAGCGGAGAGGGGAGAGUUGAGGAAGCUUUUGGAAGAGUCUUUGGACUAUUAA